UGUCGAGUGCGUCAUGCCAGUUCUCCACCCUUAUAAUAUACUACGAGAGAGAGAGAGAGAUGAAUUUCUUGGCGUUGAUACUAUGUGCUUACCUCGUUUUGGUUUUAGUCCAAGCUCUACGUUUCCUCAAGAAAAAGGCCAGCACGAGUCCCUCCAAUCUCCCACCCGGUCCUCCACCUCUUCCUGUGAUCGGUAACCUCCUCGAGCUCGGUGAUCUUCCGCACAAGUCCCUCGCCAAGCUCGCUCGCACUUAUGGCCCCAUCAUCAAGCUUCAACUUGGUCAUGUAACCACAAUUGUUGUUUCAUCUCCAGCAAUCGCAAGAGAGAUCCUCCAAACCCACGAUGCAAUCUUCUCCAACCGCACUAUCCCCGACUCAAUCACUGCCUUGAGGCAAGACGAGCUCGGCUUGCCUUGGCUCCCCGUCUCACCUCUUUGGAGGAACCUUAGAAAGAUAUGCAAUUUGCACAUAUUCUCUCACAAGAAGCUCGAGUCCGAUCAACACAUCCGCCACAAGAAAGUUCAAGAGCUUGUCGGCUACAUCAAGAGAAGCCUGUCCACGGGUGAUGCUAUCGAUAUAGGCGAAGUGGCUUUCAAAACUGUAGUCAAUCUAUUGUCGAAGACCAUGUUAUCCGAGGAUUUGGCAGACCCGUCCGACUUAUUUGUUGCGGGAACGGACACUACUUUGAGCACAUUAGAAUGGUCAUUGUCCGAGCUACUCCACAGUCUCGAGAAGCUCUCUAGAGCGCAAGCCGAGCUCAAUCGAGUCAUUGGCAAAGGGAAACCCAUAGAAGAAUCUGAAAUCGCUCGCAUGCCCUACUUACAAGCCAUCAUAAAAGAGACUCUCCGGAUGCACCCCCCAGUUCCUCUCUAUCUUCCUCGCAAAUCGGGAUUGGAAAUCGAGAUCGGUGGUUUCACUGUCCCAAAGGGUGCGCAAGUUCUUGUGAAUGUGUGGGCUAUAGGAAGAGACCCUAGCAUUUGGAAAGACCCAGACGUGUUCGUGCCGGAGCGAUUUCUAGGGUCCGAAAUCGAUGUGAAGGGACAAGAUUUUGAGCUCGCUCCGUUCGGUGCCGGUAGGCGCAUAUGUCCCGGCUUGCCGUUGGCCUUGAGGAUUUUGCAUUGGAUGCUCGGUUCGCUCAUAAACUCCUUCAAUUGGGAGCUCGAAGGCGGGGUCAAGCCAGAGGACAUGUGCAUGGACGAGAAGUUUGGGAUCACCUUGCAAAGAGCUCAACCUCUCAGAGUUAUUCCCAAGCCAGUUUGAAAAGAAUGUAGUACUUUUUUUUGUAUGAACGAAAACAAGAGAGCACUUACCGCUUAUUAUGUUUGUAUAAAGGGUAUGAGCCAGACUCAAAGUCAAGUCCUAGUUGUUGAUGAUAGAAACAACGUAUAGACCUACAUACCUAAAAUGUUCGUGUACUUUAGAAAUACUAUCACUCUCUUCCGAAGGUCGAAAACUUUCAUUAUUACUACCCUAAAUUCCCAAUUCGCUUUCAGUUGGAGGCUUA